AUGAAACCGACGCCCCGGCUGCUGGUGCGUAUCGUAGUCGGCAAAAUCGAGAACAGGCAACGGCUCGAGGCCAUUCUGCGGGACACGCCAAUACGAGCGGAAACUGAGGGCUGGAACUGUGUAGAGUGGAUAAAGGAGGUGCUCGAAGGUGUCGGCCGAGACGAUAGGGCUUUAGGCACGGCCGUCACCGAGUGGCAGUACGUACGAGACUGGGCCAUGUGGUACAUUGAUGAAAAGCAUCAAGCUGGUCGUUUCGACAUGUACUACGACCCCGAAAAGGCACCGACGUGGGACUUGCUCGAGAGCAAGGAGCUCAUCCCUUGA